UCAAGGUUAUUUUUUUCAUAGUAACCGAACUAGCUCUAUUAUCACUCAAAGGACUCUGGAAGACAACUUCAUAUCCCACAAUUCCUACUUCCGCAACCUAACAGGGCAUGCAGCAAGAAGAAGAACUUGUGUCUGCUCACUGCUAGUUUGUUAGCUGCAGGAACUGUGACAAACGAGUUGCGGAGCUCAACUCUUACAUGCAGACAGCUGCGGACAUGAAAGGUGUGUGUUCCUGCCAUAAAUAGCAGUGAUGGAUGGAGAAGCCCGAAAGGCGACAGCCUCAUGGGAGAAUGGUUUGCUGGCUCCGGUGGACCGCCUUCGAUCAGAGAGGGCAGACAGCCCCACACCAGGACUGGUGGAGGGAACAGAACCAGGUGCUGGUCAGAAGAGUGCCAUGUUCGUCCAUGCACAGUCCUUCGAGGAUCUGACUGAAGCGGCUGAGGAAGAGGCCCUGAGGGCAGCUGAACUUGGUGAAUCAGCAGGACAGUGUGCAGAGGAGCUCAAGGUGCUGGCAGGGGAGAAAGCCAUUGAGGAGCAACAGAACAACGACUUUUCAUCAGAGAGUAGGACCAAGGAGGAGGAUGUAUCCAGUGAGGCGUGGCGGAGCCACAGAAAACACGUGUUUGUGCUGAGUGAGGCUGGAAAGCCGAUCUACACUCGCUACGGCACGGAGGAGGCCCUGUCCAGCACCAUGGGGGUGAUGAUGGCGCUUGUGUCUUUUGUAGAGGCUGAGAAGAACAUCAUCCGCUCCAUUCAUGCAGAUGGCUGUAAAGUGGUUUUCCUUACCAAGAGUCCUCUGGUCCUGGUGGGCGUUUCUCGGAGCUGCCAGUCAGACAAGGAGCUGCUGCGAGAGCUGCAGUACAUCUACUACCAGAUCGUCAGCCUGCUCACCCUCACCCAACUCAACCACAUCUUCCAGCACAAGCAGAACUACGACUUGCGCCGCCUGCUGGCCGGAUCCGAGUAUCUCACAGACAACCUGCUGCACCGUCUGGACCGAGACCCCGGCCUGCUGCUCAGUGCCGUCACCUGCCUGCCUCUUGCCAGCUCCUCCAGGGACGUAGUGUCAUCAAGCCUGCAGGCCGCCAAAGCCAAAAACCUGGUGUUCUCCAUCCUGCUGGCAGGCGACCGCCUGGUUACGCUGGUCAGGAAAAAAGACCAGUUCCUGCACCACAUAGACUUGCACCUAGUCUUCAACCUCGUCGGCUCCUCCUCGUCCUUCAGGGAGGGUGAAGGCUGGACGCCCAUCUGUCUGCCAAAGUUCAACACUGCAGGAUUUUUCCAUGCUCACAUUUCCUAUUUAAAGCCUGCGUCCGAGCUCUGCCUCAUCCUGGUCUCCACUGACCGAGAGGACUUUUUUAACAUGUCCGACUGCAAGAAACGCUUCAUGGACAGACUGAGCAAACGCAGCGCCUACCAGGCUCUGAAAGAAGCACUGAAACGUCCCAGCUACUCUGUGGAGCAGGUCGGCAUCCCAGAACUGAGGCACUUUCUGUACAAAUCAAAGAGCUCAGGCCUGUACACCAGUCCAGAGUUUCCGGAGGUGUAUCAGUCUGAUGAAGAGCAGGAAAGACUGAUGGGCUUGUACCAGGACCUUCACAGCUGCCUGCAUCACCCAACCAGACCUCUCCGCACCUUCUACCGCUGCAGCGAAACUGAAAACCUGAUGGCAUGGGUGACAAGCGGCUUCGAGCUCUACCUCUGCUUCAGUCCGCUGGCGACCAAAGCCUUGGCGGUCUCUGCUGUCAACAAACUGCUGAAGUGGAUCAGGAAGGAGGAGGAUCGUCUCUUCAUCCUGAGUCCUCUCACAUACUGAGCCCUCGCUGCCGGCCGACCUCUUGAAUCAAAAAGCGACGCCCUGAGCGCUGGCUGUCCUGGUGCCUACAGAUGAUCAAACAGCAUCUUGUCAGUGUUCGUGAAUGAUUGUCAAAGCUGCACAUUCCUUGCUUUUGGAAUCCUCUAAUUUAAUUGUCAGAUUUGUGGUGAAGUAGGCUGUGCUGCAGAGCUAAAUUAAAGCUGGCUAGAUUUUUAUAACUUUUAAUUUGAACACCAACAGCAGACGGAGGCAGCAUCAGCAUUGUCAAUGCUGCAGUUGAUGCUCUGUCAUUAAGAAUUGUUUUAUUGUAGCACAGCUAUUAUAUCUCACUGAAGUAGAAAAAUGUGGUUCUGUGUUUUUAAUGCUUUGAGCAUAGUUUUUAAAAAUUGAGAAUAAAACUGUAUUUCAAAAACUGGAAAUUCCUCAAGAGUAGGAUGUACUCUGUUCCUGCUAACAUGCUAGUAAAACAUGAGCUAACCACAUUCCAGUUGUGUUUUCUUUUUACAUGAUGACCAAUAACUGUAAGAACCAUUGCCAUUGUACCUCUAUGCACUUUCUUUAUGCAAACUAUGCCACUCCAAGAGAAAGACUGGACUCUGUUUACUGCUGUUAAAUCGAAUGUCAACAUGUAUUUCUAAUGUCGGCAUAAAAGAAUCUAAAUGUAGGUCCAUUAAUCUUCCAGUGUCCAUUAACAUUUCCCAUUUUUAUUCCCUUUACCAUAAUGUUUAUGUUUAUACCGAAAUUAAAUGUUUCUGCUUGUGUCUAAUUAUUGAUGGUUCUUAGUUUUAUGGGAUGCUGCCUUGCUUAAUAAAUCCAGUGCUGCCACAUCUUUCUCCACUAAUCAUGCCUUAGCUAUUAAACAUUGUGCAAAGCCAACAAUGAGAUUUAUUGCUGCUGAACAGUUGCAAAAUUGUAAUACAUAAAUAAAUGACUAGAAAAAGA